GACCGAAGUGCAUUGUGCAAAAGCCAAAAAGGCAGAGCAUUGAGCAAGCAGUCAUUAGGGUGAUAAAAUAUGUUAUCAUCGUAGAUAAAUAAAGGAGAUAAAGUUAUUGAGACGGUCACGGUUAGACAGGGAAUUCUAUUGUAUCUGGACGCGCGUGGUGGACGUCGCGUCGGUAGUGCAUUUGUGAUCAUAAUAUUUACAAAUUAUCAAGCGCAGUUUUGUACAAAAUAAUUGUAAGGUUCCUCUAGUUUUAUUUGUGACUGUGAUUUCUUACGAUGGCAGAAAACCAAGUUAAAAAUCGAGUUUGUAUUGUGGGGUCUGGAAACUGGGGCUCUGCUAUUGCUAAAAUAGUAGGACGCAAUGCGGCUCGUCUCCCCAACUUCGAAGACAGAGUUACCAUGUGGGUAUUUGAAGAGAUGAUAGAUGGCAAAAAAUUAACAGAGAUCAUAAAUGAAACCCACGAGAAUGUUAAAUAUUUACCGGGCCACAAACUGCCACCCAAUGUUGUUGCUGUGCCCGACCUUGUGGAAGCGGCAAAGGAUGCAGAUGUGUUGAUCUUUGUGGUGCCUCAUCAAUUUGUGCGCAAAAUCUGCUCAACUCUUCUGGGCCAAAUAAAACCAACAGCAUCUGCUUUGUCACUUAUAAAGGGUUUUGAUAUUGCUGAGGGAGGUGGCAUUGACCUCAUCUCCCACAUCAUUACAAGAUGCCUCAAAAUUCCCUGUGCUGUGUUAAUGGGUGCUAACAUUGCUUCUGAGGUAGCGGAGGAGAAGUUCUGUGAGACUACAAUCGGGUGCCGCGACGUGACGCUGGCGCCGGUGCUGCGCGACAUCAUACAGACGGAGUACUUCAGGGUCGUGGUCGUCGACGAUGAAGAUGCCGUCGAGAUCUGUGGUGCUUUGAAGAACAUAGUGGCGGUGGGCGCUGGCUUCGUGGACGGCUUGGGUUUCGGCGACAACACGAAGGCGGCAGUGAUCAGGCUGGGUCUGAUGGAGAUGAUCAAGUUCGUGGACGUGUUCUACCCCGGCAGCAAGCUCAGCACGUUCUUCGAGAGCUGCGGAGUCGCUGAUCUCAUCACCACCUGCUAUGGCGGUAGGAACCGGCGAGUGGCCGAGGCGUUUGUGAAGACUGGCCGCUCCAUCAAGGAGUUGGAGGAUGAGAUGCUGAACGGACAGAAACUGCAGGGGCCCAUCACCGCCGACGAGGUCAACCACAUGCUGGCUAACAAGAAUAUGGAGAACAAAUUCCCGUUGUUCACGGCGGUGUAUAAGAUCUGCCGGGGCGACCUCAAGCCCAGCGAGUUCAUCAACUGCAUCCGCUCCCAUCCCGAACACAUGGUCAAAAACUAACUGCGGCACUUGGGAGCACAUUACUUUUAAGACAUGACAUUUAGUGUAUCAUUACUUUUAUUCCUUAUUAUAUUAUCUAUGUAUAUAUUCAUUAUUAUAACUAUGUUGAUUCAUAAUAACUAGCUAUGUAGUAUUUAUGAUAUUGUUAUAGCAUUCUUUUUACUAUCAUUAUUUUAUCUAUUUAUUUAUUUCUGAUUUGAUUUUGUGCUGUGAUUGUUGUAAGUGAAACAGUAAUCAGUAUAAAGUAAUUUAGCUUUCAACCUUUUAAACUUAAGACGGAAAAGUUAUCUAGUGAGACGUCAUGCGUAUUUCUAUUUUGAUUUGUCGCUUUUUGUCCUUACAAAACGAAUAGGAAACCUUCAAUUCUCUUAGACGAAUAAAAAUGAAAAUAAAACGUAAAAAUCUA